UUGUCGCCAUCUCGCGGAGCACCUCGGUGCAGACGGAUGAACGGGAUCUAAAAUGGCGGCAGGAGACACAAACAGACACUGGUGUCGGACUGUUUUCAACAUUAACGGGAGAAUAACCGGGCGGCGGGAGUCUGACAGGAAGCUGUCAUCAUGCUGUGAGGUCACCACCUGGCUGCUCGCCCUGUAAGUAGCAGGAGGAGCAGGAGGAGAUGGCGGCUGAACUGUUCUCCACCAGCCUCCCCCACAGAAACGAGGUGGAGGUGGAGGUGAAGAAGAGUUUCAUCCAACUGAGCGAACCGGAACCGGCGUCCGAACACAUCUACGAGAGAGACGCCGAGCAGCCGAACAGCAGCAAUAACGUCGGAGAGGAGGGAGACAGCUGGCAGGCAGCACACCCCACCCUGAGGGAGAGGAAUGCUGUGAUGUUCAACAACGAGCAGAUGGCUGAUGUUCACUUCAUUGUUGGUCCUCCAGGAGAAACUCAGAGAGUUCCUGCUCAUAAGUACGUCCUGGCGGUGGGCAGCUCGGUGUUUGGAGCCAUGUUUUAUGGAGAUUUGGCUGAGGGACAAUCUGAGAUUCACAUCCCUGACGUGGAGCCGGCUGCUUUCCUCAUCCUGUUAAAGUACAUGUAUAGUGAUGAGAUCGAGCUGGAGGCCGACACUGUGCUUGCUACCCUCUAUGCUGCAAAGAAGUACAUCGUUCCUGCUCUGGCGAAGGCGUGCGUCGCCUUCCUGGAGACGAGUCUGGAGGCGAAGAAUGCUUGCGUCUUGCUGUCUCAGAGUCGGCUGUUUGAGGAGCCGGAGCUGACACAGCGCUGCUGGGAGGUGAUCGAUGCGCAGGCCGAGCUCGCUCUACGAUCUGAAGGUUUCUGUGAGAUUGACCUGCCCACGUUAGAGAUCAUUCUCCAGAGAGAAACACUCAACAUCCGUGAGGUUGUGGUCUUCCAGGCCGUACUGAGCUGGGCAGCGGCUGAAUGUAGGAGGCAGGGCCUGGCAGUGACCCCCAUGAACCAGCGGGCAGUGCUGGGUAAGACUCUGUACCUGGUCCGGAUCCCCUCCAUGACGCUGCAGGAGUUUGCAGAUGGGACAGCACAGUCGGACGUCCUGACACUGAAAGAGACUUGUGAUGUCUUCCUGUGGUUCACAGCCACCAACAAACCUAGAGUGGACUUCUCUCUGGGGAAGCGGGCCGGCCUAGUUCCACAGAGGUGCCACCGCUUCCAAUCCUCAGCCUACCGCAGUAACCAGUGGCGCUACAGGGGGCGCUGCGACAGCAUCCAGUUCGCAGUGGACCGGAGGAUCUUCAUGGCUGGUCUUGGUCUGUACGGGUCGAGCAGCGGGAAGGCAGAGUACAGCGUGAAGAUCGAACUGAAGAGGCAGGGAACUGUUCUGGCCCAGAACUUCACCCAGUUCCUGUCAGAUGGGUCGAGCAGCACCUUCCCUGUGUGGUUCGAACAUCCAGUACAGGUGGAACAGGACACCUUCUAUACUGUCAGUGCCAUCCUGGAUGGAAACGAGCUGAGUUACUUUGGACAGGAGGGGAUGACCGAGGUGCAGUGUGGGAAAGUGACCUUCCAGUUCCAGUGUUCAUCGGACAGUACCAAUGGGACCGGUGUGCAGGGGGGGCAGAUCCCUGAACUGGUCUUCUACUGUUGAACAAGAAUCUAACAGAUGGACUCAAAGCCUUUUAUUGAUCAAUAAGCACAGGAAUGAUGUUAGAGAUAGGAACUCUGAUUCUGAUAGAGGAGGAAUGAGCAUGAAGUGAAGCUGAUUGGACUGUGGUAUUAGAACUGGAAGCUGAUUGGACUGUUGCAGUGGUGGUGGAAGCUGAUUGGCUGCAUGGUGUGUCACUGCUUGUUAAAGAAAAAUUGAACUGAACAUUAAAGCUGAAGUUACAGAAGCUAAA